UCAGCUGGCGUGUGCGUGCCCGUCGCGUCGGCGCAGUGGCCAUCUGUCGAGCUGUUGGCGGCGCGUACCGGCCGGCUGGCGGCCAUCGUUCGCGGGACUGGGCGCCCGACUGCGAGCGAGCGCCUGUGCAGUGAUCUUCCGGCGGUAGCGUGUCUCGACAGCGAACUGGGCACGGCAGCGGCGCAGGUCUGAGGACACGCCUCGACAAUGGCCGACAACCAGGCGGAGUACGACGAUGGCGACCGUGCGCCGCGGCCGCGGCACAACGGCCGAGCGGGCGGCGGCUUCGGCGGCGGGGGAGGCGGCUUCCCGGGCCAGGCGGCGCCGCACACCGACUUGCCGCUGCGCAUCCUCGUCAACAGCGAGAUGGUGGGCGCCAUCAUCGGCCGCCAGGGCAACACCAUCCGCCAGAUCACGCAGAACACCCGCGCCAGGGUAGAUGUGCACAGGAAGGACAGCAACGGCGCCACAGAGAAGGCCAUCACCAUCUACGGCAAUCCGGACAACUGUGACAACGCCUGCCGCGAGAUUCUCGACGUGAUGACCCAGGA